AGUCACGGUGACGACGAUGACGAACGUUCGUGAGGAGAGGUGCGUGCAGCAGCUGCUCUUCGGGAACCACUAAGCGCCAGCUGAUCAUGGAAGACGGACCGGUGGAAGGUCCGGGUGCCGGACUUCAAAAGCGCCUCGUCUACAACCGGCUGCUGCCUUACAGCGACCAGAUCGACGAUGAAGCUGGCAAGCUUCUCGCUGAAAUCAAGAUGAACAUAGCGCGUUCGGUGAUGCUUCGCGAGGUGAAACCAGCUACAGCAUCUUGGACCGGUCACCUAAACAAUUAUCUGAAGCUGUACGGGUACCACUUCAGCAAGAAAGACCAUGUGGAGCUUGUGCACCUGCUCCUGGCACUCAUCGUCAUCCCAGAUCUGGAGCUGGGGAUAAUCCAGAAGCUGGCCCACACUCUCGGCCUACUGCUCAAGAAACGCGAACUUCUUUCUCGAGAGGACCUUUCUAUCGAGUGGAGGCCUUUGUAUGAGCUUUAUGAGCGUUUGCUCUACUCACCUUAUGAGCAUCUGGGCAUGCUUCUCCUACCUGUGAACCUGGAAACAAACCUCAAGCAGCUGGUGCGCUUCUGUCGCACCUACUUCACGGUGGAGUCAACUCAGGAGAUGCUUGAUGAGUGGGAGCCCCUGAUGUGUCCCUUUGAUGUGACCAUGCACAAGGCCAUGGCGUACUUCGAGCUAUUCCUGCCCACCAUGCUGCCGCCCGAGCAGCAUGGCCGGGGAUUCAAACUGUGGUUUGACAAGUUUAUUGGUCUCUGGGAGAACAGCCACAACUCACCUGUAUGGGAAAAUAACCUCGUGUGGCUGUUUGCAAGGCUCGCUCAAAACAACAUUGGCUACAUCAACUGGGACCCUUACAUUCCGACGAUGUUUACACGCCUGCUGCGAAGCUUCAACCUCCCGGCUGCUUCGGGCAAGGUCCAGGUGAACCGACACAGCAACUCCUAUGAUAGCACACCUGUCGUCAACUGGAUCGCGUCACUACUGGGUGGUAGCAGUUCCUGCCAGACAUACGUGAGCCACUUGUUCAAGGCCAUCGAGUCCUUCUAUCAUCCGUCCAACAAUGGCCGCUGGGUGACAAAACUUCAGAGGGUGCUGUACAAAUUGCCUGCUGAAGUGGUGCGGAGGCUUCACAAGGAGCGUUACAGGCCACCCACCUGGGAGCCGAUUCCUCCAGAGUCACACCGCCUGACUGACGCAGAAGUGACGUCGUUUGUGGAGAGCGUGCAACCAGUGGUUCUGCUCUCUAUGUUUAGCAAGGGAGGCAGCUCCGGUGCGGCUGUCGCUUUGCAAGACCUGGCCCUUCUUCGACCCGAACUGGUCAUUCCGCCUGUGAUAGAAAGGUUGUACUCUUCACUAGAGACUCUGACAGAGCCACACCGUCUGACAGCUGCCAUGCACUGCGUGUUGGCGGUAGCACGCAGCCUGGUGCAGGGAGGCCGCUUCUUUCCAGAGGGCCCCUCCCAUGUGGUACCCCUGCUGAACAGCUGCUUGCCUGGCAUCGACCCCAAUGACAUUCGCAAGUGCAUCGUGACAUUCCAGUUCAUCUCAACAUUUGCCACCCUUGUUCCACUGGUGGACUGCUCCAAGGCUGUGAGCAUUCGCACAGACCUCACUGAAAUUGAGCAAGAGGUGUGCUUGGCCACUGCGGGCUUUGAAGACUUUGUGCUACAGCUGAUGGAAAGGUGUUUUUCGCUGAUUGAAAACAGCAGCCUGGAGAAUCCAACGAGGCUGGAUCGGGAUACGGACAAGAUGAACACGGAGGAGAACAUUCUGGAAGUGGGCCUUUCCUCUACCUUCAGCAGCAUUCUCACUCAGUGCUCGCCUGACAUAUUCAAGGCAGCCUUGAAAAAACUGCAUUCCUUUGUGUCCAACCGAAUCCUGGAGACUCGUGUUUCUGGCCGCUAUGUUGCCAACUUGUGCCGUUGCAUGGCCCGGGUCAAUCCCAACCUGGCACUGGCCACAUUUGUGCCACACUUCACCAAGCUUGUCCUGGCGCUGACCGGAUCUGAAGAAGUGGCCACAGAGGAACUGCUUGAUGAUGAGCUUCUCUUUGACCUGCUGCUGCUUUCUGAGAUGGUGCGCUGCAAUGGUCAGGAGCUGCUUCCGCACCUGCCUUCGCUACGGGAUGUGCUGCAUCGCACACUGCACCUGUCGUCACGACGAGGCUACCUUCUGGCCAGCAGCCUGCUCCGAAACAUCCUGCGGGCUUGCAGCUUGGUCUUCCCCCUCGACUACCGCAUGACGGCAAUACCAUGGGAGCGGUGCCUCGACUUUGCAAACUACUUGCCUAUCAGGGAGUGGGGCCGAGCGGGAGACCUAGAUCAUCUGGACAUCAAGUGGCAUGUGCCAACCACUGAAGAGCUGGCGUGCGUGCAAGACCUGCUUGAAACGUUUCUGCAGCCAGAGUUGCAGGCAUUGCUGGCCUGGAGCCGCGGAGAACGCACUCUGACCAGGGAAGAGGUACAGCGCAGCCUCAACCUGGUCCUGGAUUGUAUUCUGGGAGCGGGCCUUGUGCUACCUCUUUGGCCUGGGGAGCCCAUCAACCUGCUUGCCUCAAAAGUUCCUGCCCACUUUGAGUACAAGGUCUUCCUAGGAAUACAGGCUGUGGACUUCAAAUCUGGAGAAAACGUGCGACAAGUCAUAGCCACCAUUAUGCGAAAAGUUUUAGACCAUACCCUGAAGACUCACGAAGAUGACAUCAAGUCUCUUUGCCUGAUCAUCAAGAUCUACCAUGAACUCAUGUUCUUCUGGGGAAUCCCCAAGGAUGACUUCGAUACUCGGUGGAAGGGGUUCAACAUCGUCAAGAAAGGCUUGGAGAACAGGCUGGCCAAGCACAAACAACACAUCCGAGCUCUUCUAGUGGACAGGGCACAGCUGCAACAAGAGAUGCGUGUUCUGAGCCGUCACCUAAGCUAUUUCACAGAGCUACACCGAGACCUAAUGUUCGACCUGUCGCGCCUCGCCACCAGCCACUACAGUGAGGUGCGAAUUCAAGCACAGGAGGUGCUGGGCAACUGCGUGCACAGUUACCCGGGGUCGCACUCUCUCCUCCUGCAAGGACUGAUGCAGCUGCUGACACCAGAGCAGGCCGAAGUGACGCACGAACAAUUCAAGGGUGCCCUGUACACUCUGCUCGGAAAGAAGCAGCGGACUAUGCUCGUCCUGUGUGACUGGCCGUUCCUGGGAUCCCUGUGGCCUGCACUGGUUGGGGCACGGCACUCUGAGAAGCCAUCCAUCAUCUGGCUCCUGGAGCACAUCCUCGAGACGCUGCAGAAGCACCUUGAGACCAUCCAGCUUGCGCUUAAGGUGCCGGCAUCCUGUGUGGAACGUGCACAGCAACUCGCACUCGCUGCAUCUGCUGAGGAAAUGUCUGCAGCUGUGGAAGCUGAGGAGCAAUGCAACAACCGUGCAAAAAAGGAGUAUCAAAACCUCGUCUGCAAGCUGGUUACUCAGGUGGAGAGUGGUAGCCUCCACUGGCGCCACUACCACAUGGCCCUGGUGAUGGUGAAGCUGCUCAUCAGGAACGACAUUCCUCUGCCCGCUCCAGCUGUUCAAAUGCUGGUCAAUCACUUGGUGCAUGACACGCUCAACGUGCGCAAGGUGGCCAUUCUAGGAGUGGGCACAGUGCUAAAGCAGCUCAAGAAGAAGCACGUCAAGCAGGAGCUGACCGAGAUUGACCAGGAGUCGAUCGCACUAAGCCCGACAUUAGCCACCCUGGUAGAGCGGGUUGGGGGCAAGCGGCCCGCCAACCUGUGGCUUCAGUACAACAGCGCCCUGCGGCCCGACACUCGGGAGCAAUGGCAGAAGCACCACUUUGUGCACAAGACUCACAUUGGCUUCUACCGGCUGCCAAAGCCUUUCCUUGUCUACGCGCCCGAGGAGCAGCAGCCCUCGCUGGAUUGCACCAUCGAGGAAAUGUUGCCGUCUGAAGCGGACAUCUUUAAAGCCUUCACUUCAGAAACGUUUGUGGAGCAACUCUCCAAGUACCUGUCGCUGGAAGAACGGAAGGGCCACGAUCGAUUUGAUGCCAAGAGGUUCUACAUGUUCAAGGGCCUGUUUCGCAACUACGGCUCAGCUCUGCUGCCCCUCUUCGAGAAGCUUCUUCUCGCCAAGAUUGCCAGCAAUCAGGAGAGCCACCAGCGUUGUGCAUUAGAGAUCCUUGCAGGCUUGAUGAGGGGCAGCAAGCAUUGGGGCUUCGACAAGAUGCAGGAGCUGCGCGCUGUGGUGGAGCCCGUGUUGCGGCUAGGCAUGACUGCAAUCAUGCCAGAAACUCUGCCUGACUGGGGGACAUGCAUGGCCACAAUAUCGGAGAGCCGUGAUCCGAACAAGUACCACUGGUUCUUUGAGUUGCUCCUGGCAGAGCCUGCAAAGAGCGAGGAGGGCUCCUUCCUGCAGUCUAGCCGCCUGUAUGUUCAGUUGGGAGGCCUUGCGCAACAGGAGUGGCGCGUCUGCGAGUUGCUGGAAGAACUGCUUGAACGGCUGAAACCACGUCUCACUCACAGCUACCAGAAUGUGCGCGACAAGAUCGGCGGCCUGCUGUGCAACGUCUUCCUGUACGACGUGCAGCUGCCCAUGUUUCAAGCUUCGCUAACCCUGGUGCCGCGGAGGGUGCGUUUUAUGGACUAUGUGAUGUCAGUUCUGGCACCACUAACUGACGCUGCCAGCGUUGAACCUCCAUGUAACUCAUCAACUACAAACAACCACCGGAACGAUGUGGCUUGUCGUGAUGGUCAAGUGACUUCCGAGCGCAAGACAGCUUCCCGCCUUCUGCAGACUGUCUGCAAGUGGAUCCUGGCCAGUGUGUCUCAGUCCCCAAGCGCGGCUCCUCCAGAAAUCUUCAGGGUAGUCCCCGUGCUGUGCCAGAUGCAGAGCGAUCAGACGGAUGAAGAGUUGCAGAAGGAUUGUGCAGUUGCCCUAGCACUACUCGGCAAUGCCUUGCUGUCUCCGGAGAGCAUCCGGGCCGCCCUGGCCACCAUAGGCGAGGUGAUAAAGAGCCCACACUGGCAUUCACGGGCAGCCAGCUGCAACCUGCUGCAGUUCCUGGUGUUCACCAACCUGUUCACCAUGCAAAGCUGCCCUGAGUGGAGGGACACCGUCGUAGGGCACACACUGGCCUUGCUCAAGGAUGAGCGCCUGGAGGUGCGGGAGACAGCGAGUGAGACCCUUGGAGGCUUGCUUCACUGUGAGUUCCUCAAGGUCAGCGAUGGGCUCUUGGCGGUGUUCAAGGCCCAGUGCAUGCACAAGAAGCGGACGAAGCGGGCCGGAAGUGGGACACGAACUCCACUGGAGCCAUGCGACCUGAUCGAGCGUCAUGCGGGCAUCCUGGGUCUGUGCGCGUGCGUUAACGCGUUCCCCUACGACGUGCCACCCUUUAUGCCCGAGGUCCUCGUCCUUCUGGGUGACCACCUCAAUGAACCACCACCCAUCCCGGCCACCAUCAAGAAGACUCUGUCGAACUUUCGACGAACUCACCAUGACAACUGGCGCGACCACAAAGUCAAGUUCACCGACGACCAGCUGGCGGUCAUCACGGACCUGCUGGUUUCGCCCAGUUACUACGCCUAAGAUGCCUGGCCACUCAUCCUCUAAUACACAGGAACGGCCCUCAAAAGCCGGAGGCAUCAUGGCACUGUAUUCAUUUUGUGUAUAUGCCAAGCGACUCUUUUAAUUGUGAGGCCCGGGAUCAAGCGCGGUGGGUGAUUUAGUGAUAAGCUCCAUCUCACGGCCACAGCUGUGAGGGAGGAAUGUGUUUUUAUAUUGUGCUUCAUAUAGAAAUUUUUUUUUCACGAGAGUGAGUGUGCAUUAUUUGACUGUCAAGAGACUCUUUAAAAUAAAAAACAAUGAAAUGUAGAGUAAAUUAAGGUGAGCAAUGUUCUUUUUUUUUUUUCUUUUUUGUUUUUUGCUAGGGGGGAAUCGUUCAUUGGGGGUAUUGUUAUACAAACGUAAAUAAAGAACUUGUUUAUAAAAACCA